AUGUCUCCCAUGGCUGCAGCUGAACCCGGUGGGGACCAGCACCACAGGAACACAGGGAAGUUCAUUUUCUUCCUCUUCAUCUCUGGUGCCACCAUGCUGUGUGUGGGAGUCCUGCUGUCCAUCUUUGGAUUCCAGGCCUGCCAACACGAAACCCUCACCAGCUGCAGCACGGUGCUGAAGAUUGCCGGGCCCUCGUGUGCUGUGGUGGGGCUGGGGGCCAUAAUCCUGGCCCGGUCCCGGGCCCAGAUCCAGCUCCUGGAGGAGCGGCGGAGAGGUAGCCUGGCGGACCCCGACCAGGCCUUCCUCUGUGGAGAGAGCCGCCAGUUUGCUCAGUGCCUCAUCUUUGGGUUUCUCUUCCUGACCAGCGGCCUGCUGAUCAGCAUACUGGGCAUCUGGCUCCCUGGAUGUGGCUCAAACUGGACGCAGGAGCUGCUGAAUGAGUCAGACGCUGCUGACACGGAUCCCCAGCUGUGUGGAUUCCUGACUCUACAGAUCAUGGGGCCCUUGGUUGUGCUCGUGGGGCUGUGUUUCUUUGUGGUCGCCCACGUUAAGAAAAAAAACAUCUUGCGCAUGGGACAGGAUGCCACGGAAAGUGAAGAGAGACAGACGCAGAGCACGGAGCCAGUCCCGGUCACUGUAGGUGAUGCGGUGAUCAUAUUUCCGCCGCCUCCACCACCUUACUUUCCUGAGGCUUCAGCAUCCGUGGGAACACGAAGUCGUGGGGCCAAUGGUGUGCUUUCCAGAGAGAAUCCACCUCCGUACUACAGUAUUUUUAAUUAUGGGACCCCAGCCCCUGAAGGCCAAGGUGCCACCUCUCGGAGAGGAAGCGACUCCAUCUUUACCAUUUCUGGGACUAACUCAGCCUCUGAGAUCCCGCUCGCUCCACACCUGCCUUCUGAGCUUCCUCCUCGGUAUGAAGAAAAGGAACCAGGCGCUGUGACCGCCUCCCGGCCUCCACCUUCUGAGCCUUCCCCUCCCUGA